CUAUGAUUUUAUACACGUCCAUUUCAGAUUGAGAAAGAAGAAUGUCUCACACUGUCAUACCCAUGACCUCCUCGACGCUUGUCAUCCAGUUUCAACCACCAACACAAACACCAGCAGCUGGAACUGGGACAAAUGCUCCUGUGCCUGUUUAUGGACAACAGCUAGCAGGAGUUUCACCUCUUCAUGGACUUCAGCCAUUUCUGAAAGGCCAACCAAAAGCCCUUGGGACUGUCCAGAUAUUGAUUGGUCUGUGGACUUUCCUGUUGGGAAUCGUGUCUACAGUUUAUGCCGAUUCCAUCUUUGUCUAUAGUGGUCUUCCUUACUGGGGAUCUCUCAUCUACAUUAUUGCAGGCAUACUCUGCAUUACUGCAGAAAACAAACGGAAUUCACCCUCCAGUAUGUGUUUGGUGAAAGGUUCACUUGGAAUGAACAUUUUCAGUGCUAUAUUUGCACUCACUUCCUUUAUCAUAAUUUCAAUGGAUUUGGGUAUUGGGCCGAUGAUGUCCAGUCACUGCUACUUUUCUAACUGUUAUCUUGAUACAAAGUACAGGACUCUCUUCUUGGGAAUCAGUGGUGUAUUGUUGAUAUUCGCCUUCCUUCAGUUUAUCAUCUCCAUCUCUCUGUCAGCAUUUGCCUGUAAAAUCGCCUGCUGCUGUUCUCCACAGGUGCCGUUAGUUCCACAAGUUAUAACCGCACAGCCCUGUGAUUUUAGGCCCAAUCAUUUCCAAGAUCAUAACAACUCAGAGAUAUCUGUGGUCAGCAACCCUGCCAUGUAUUACCAUCCUGCGGAAAAUCCUCCACAAUACAGUGAAUUUAAAAAAAUGUGAAUAUUAAAAGUCGACAGAUUUGAGGUGGGACAAGGGUUUUACCAGUGAUUUCCUGUCCAUUAUUUCUAAAGUUCUUUCAUGAAAAAGAGAACAUUAAAGCAAAGAAAGAGAUCACUUGAUCAGAUAUUAAUUACGUGUCACAAAUGUGUAAACAAUAUCUAUUAGACUAGAUCAUAUUUUAUGAUUUUCUUUCUUUAA